CUUUCCCAGCCGCAUUGAGAGUGCAGUGGGAAAUCGUUCACUUCACAUCACACAAAACAGUGCCUUCGUCGUUGUGGGAAACCAUCGUAGCCUCUGCGAAAUCAAAAAUCAAACGAGAUUUGGGAAAUGGCUGCUGCAAGAGGGUUGGUACUGUCACGUCCUGUUACUUUCGUCACUGGCAAUGCCAAAAAGCUUGAAGAAGUUCGUGCCAUCUUAGGCAAUUCCAUUCCUUUUCAGUCCCUCAAACUUGACUUGCCAGAGUUGCAAGGAGAGCCUGAAGAUAUCUCGAAAGAGAAGGCUCGAAUGGCUGCUCUUCAGGUGAAUGGGCCUGUGUUGGUUGAAGACACUUGCCUCUGUUUCAAUGCCUUGAAGGGUCUUCCAGGGCCUUACAUCAAAUGGUUUCUGCAGAAGAUUGGUCAUGAAGGUCUCAACAAUUUGCUGAUGGCAUAUGAUGAUAAAUCAGCUUAUGCCUUGUGUGUAUUUUCCUUCGCGGCUGGUCCAGAUAGUGAACCUAUCACAUUUUCUGGAAAAACUCAGGGGAAGAUUGUUUCUCCAAGAGGGCCUAAUGAUUUUGGAUGGGAUCCUAUUUUUGAACCUGAAGGCUAUGACCAAACGUAUGCACAAAUGCCCAAAGAAGAAAAGAACAAAAUUUCCCACCGCUACAAAUCUCUUGCAUUGGUGAAAUCUCAUUUUGCUGAAGCUGGAUAUACUUUUCAGAUUGAAAAAGCCUGAAAACCAUGGUGUAUGUUGUUAAUGUGGUGGAUUAUAGGCUACAGAACUUUAUUAAAUUUAAAUGUCCCCUGAAAUUGAAAUUAAAAUGUUUCUAACAAUAGAAAUGGGGAAAUUACUUUGAACUUAAA